UCCUUCAAGCCGAAGCAGCUCAUCUCUCUCUCUCUCUCUCUCUCUCUCUCUCGGCAGAGCUUGAAGAAGAAAGAGACGCAAGAAGAUGAGGUUGACCUGCUGGAUUCUCCUGUCCCUGACGGCGGUGUUAGGCCAUGUGUUAGCUGAUCAGAUCUUCACGGCUCAUGUUGGUGGCACAUUUGGUCGUAGUGCUCGUGAACCGAAGUAUGACAUUCAGUUCCACUCAGAAGACUCACCUUUUCACCCUGAUGAUGAUCAAGAAUCAGUUGUCAUGCCCAAUAAAGAUGGACAGAAAUUUCUUUGUUACUUACCUAAGGUUGAGAAAUCCAAGAAUGGGAGGUCAACUUCUCAGCAAAACAUGAGCAGUAUGGUCAUGGAAAGUGAGAAGCGGAUUAAACUGAAGACCCCAGACGAAUUACUAGAAGUACUCAAGGGCCCUUGCUUUGUCCGACAAGAGGGUUGGUGGUCGUAUGAGUUCUGUUAUCAGAAGCAGUUACGGCAAUUCCAUUUGGAGGAUGAAAAGGUGGUUCAGGAGUUUGUGUUGGGAGUCUACGAUGAAGAAGCCACAGUUGCUUUCAAUCAGAAUCUCUCUGAUGUUUCUACUCUUAAAGAUCCUCGGUCAAAAGAUGCAGCACAAAGGUAUCAUGCUCACCAAUACACUAAUGGGACAGUAUGCGAUCUUACGAAUCAGCCACGAGGGACUGAGGUGAGAUUUGUUUGUGCGGAGCCAAGAGCAAUGAUUACUUCUAUUACUGAGUUAUCGACUUGCAAGUAUGCCCUUACAGUACAGGUUCCAACACUCUGCAAACAUCCGCUGUUCCAAGAAGAGAAACCCGUGAAACACACGGUCAACUGCAACGUCCUUCCCAGGGAUUACAAAGAGAACAAAGCAGAGGUCGAUGAAAAACUCGAAGAUAGUCGGAUUGUUAUGGUCACAGACAUGGAGGAUUCAUCCAACGACGACACACGAGAAUAAGAAAUGCACUGUUAAGUUGAUGAGAUGAGAUUUUUACCAUGGGCGGCUCAUUAACAAAGCUCACCAAAUUACUGAACAAGAUAUAGUAUAAAUUGUAUAAUGACAUAAACCUGAUUUCACAGUGCAAAAGCUUUCUCCGUAGAAUCUCAUUUUUUGCUUGGGAUUUUAAUUACGAUCAACUGAAGCCUCGUUGCUCGGGAUUGUAAUUACGAAACAGAUGCCUCGCAGGAAUUGAAGACGCUGGUGGACGGUGAACGGAUUUGUGACCUAAAGGAGUGCGGUAGCAUUGUUCUAGGAACUUACUCGAGAAACUUUAUGAUAGUUCAGUAUUUUGGAUUAGCAAAA